AUGAGUAAAAAUAUAAAGGCCGAUGUCACGUGCAGUGGAUGUAAAAAAAAAUAUAAAACUUCCAAGAAGAAAGGGAAUUUUUUUGUUACUGUCGAUUUAAAAACUCAACUGGAUAAUUUUCUGUCUUCUGAAUCCAUGCGAGAAGAAAUUCACAAUCGUAAUAAUAGCCACAGAGAUGAUUGUAUAAGUGAUGUAUGUGACAGUGAUCGGUACAUGAAUGAUAAAUAUAUUCAAUCUAAGAGUGACGAGGAAAAUGUUGUGUUAACGUUAAAUGUAAAUCUCGAUGGAGCACCUUUGUUCAAAAGCGGUAAAAAUAGUUUUUGGCCAAUCCAAUGUGUAAUUAACGAGAUAUCUCAAAAAAUUAAACAUAAAUUCAUGCUCUUGGCUGGACUGUCGUACACUGCUACUGAACCCAAACCACAGUUCAUGAAUUUAUACUUAGAUACAUUCAUAAGCCAAGUUAAAGAGUUAACAAAAACAGGUUUGCAAGUAUUAGCUGAAAAUGGUCGCAUUAUUACGUAUUACGUCAAAAUCUUUUCUUUUCCCGUGGAUUCUGUAGCACGGCCCGUCUUGCAAAAUCGAUUACAAUUCAAUGGAUUCUUUGGUUGCAGUUGGUGUUAUCAACGUGGGAAAACCAGCUCAAAGAGUUUGAAGUAUUCAUUGUCUUCUGAGAAUCCUCCACUACGAGAUCAUGAGAUGUACUUGACAGACGUAGAACAAUUAAAAAAAGAUCUCGAAACUCUUCCAAAAACUAAAAAAAAUGAAAAAUACACAGUUUUUGAAGUAAAAGGAUCUAGUGUUUUGUCAAAUCUACCGGAUUUCGAUUGUAUAUGGGGUUACCCUCACGAUUAUAUGCAUGGGGUAUUAUUAGGAGUUGAGCGUCAACUUUGGAAUAAAUGGAGCAAAGACUAUCUUUCAGUAGAUCAAAGAAAAUUAGUUAAUGCCCGGCUAACAACCAUACAACCGACAAAUGAGAUUCAUAGAACUCCACGAGUUCUGUUAAAAAAACAAUCCUGGAAAGCGACAGAAUGGCGGUCUUGGCUUUUAUUUUAUAGUGUUCCAGUUUUGAGCGGAAUAUUGCGGCAAGACCUUUUAGAUUCCUAUAAAUUAUUGGUGAAAAGUCCAAAUGGUGUUAUGGGUCAAAUGGCUAACCGAACACUACGUUAUAAUAACUUCCAAAAAAUGUUGUUCGAAGAAUCAGAGGAAUCCUGUCGGGAAUUCUGUGAGCAAAUUUUAAACAAGAGACGGGAAAACGUGUAUAAAUCUGAAAAAUCUGAAGAUGGAGCGUUAAUGAUGGACUAUUUACGUGAUCAUGAAUUCAAAAUCUCAGGACGAUAUUACAAUCGCUGUUUAUUUAAAAAAACAAUGUAUCACUGUGUUCUUUACACACAAGCCCAAAAAACAAACAAUUCGUUCAUUAGAUUAGAGGACGGUCGGAUGGCGAAAAUCGUUCAAUUCUUAUUACAAAAUAAAAAAGCUUUCAUGGAAGUUCAAAUAUUAUCUGUAGCGGUUGUGGAAAAUUUUGAGCAUCUAUGGAUGAUUCAGAAUUAUAAAAGUGAUGUGAUACGAUUACCAAUAACGAAAAUUCAGAAUAAGAUGAUUUAUAUAGCUAUAAAAGCAUUAUCAUGCUCAGAAGAAAAUAAAGAUUAUUUGAGUGUUCAAUAG